UCUCUUUUGAAGGCAAUGGCCCCUAAUGAUGUUGCUUUGAUCUGUUGUUUGGUAUUCAUUAUUUACCUCUUGCUUGGGCAAGGAUACUCGAUUCGCCUCAUCUCCCAUUCCUCAGCCUUGCUGGCAGAUAUCCGUGGAUCUUCACCGCUUUUACAUCAGAGGCGCAUAGAAAGAGCAUUUGGAGAUAAGACAGAGAUACCACCGGCUGCUGAGGUAACUUGCAGGCUGGAGACUUGGAGACCAGAAAUGCCGAGCAAAUUGCUGCAGAUCAGGGGUCUCUUGCUGACCAUCUUUGCUGCCUGUAUUGGUGGCACCUUCCAGUACGGCUUGAACCUGACAAUCAUCAACGCACCAACAAUUUUUAUUCAAAAGUUCCUCAAUGAAACUUGGAUUGAGCGUUAUGGCAGACCGCUGGAAAAUGGUGUCAUCACUCUGCUAUGGACCAUCAUCGUCACUGCCUUCUCUGUUGGAGGAUUGCUCGGUGCAGUUAUUGCUGGACCCAUGGCCAUAACCUUUGGAAGGAGGAAUUCAUUGCUGCUGAGCAAUGUCUUUGUACUCGUUGGUGCUUUGCUGAUGGGCCUGAGCAAAAUGGCCAAAUCCUUUGAAAUGAUUUUAAUUGGGAGAUUCUUUUCUGGCAUAAACUCAGGUGUGGGAAUGAACAUCAACCCCAUGUAUCUUGGUGAGAGUGCGCCAAAGAAGAUACGAGGCACAGUGGCUUUGUCGUUUGCUCCAUUCACUGCAGCAGGCUUUGUUGUGGGACAGACUUUAGGUAUUGGUGAGAUACUUGGCAGGGAGGAAAUGUGGCCUGUCCUGCUGUCGUCCUGUGCAAUACCAGCCUUAAUCCAGCUCGCCACUCUUCCAUGGUGUCCGGAAAGCCCCAGGUACCUGCUGAUCGACAAGGAAGACAAGAACUUGUGCAUGAAGGCGUUGAGGCGACUGCAUGGAGACGUUAACCUGUCUGCAGAAAUGGAUGAAAUGUUGGAAGAACAAACGGCGCUCGAAGGCCAACACGCGAAGGGGCUGUGGGAAUUGUUGCGAGACCGUGCUCUCCGAAGGCAGAUCAGCAUCAUCAUCGUGCUGGGCAGUGCCAUACAGUUAUGUGGCAACGACGCUACAUAUUACUACGCUGUCUAUGUAUUUCGUGCUGCAGGAAUUCCCAAUGAAAAAAUCCAAUACGUCACUAUUGGAACAGGAUGCUGUGAGCUCAUAACUGCAAUAACAAGUAACCUGUUCAUCGAUCGGGUUGGACGUCGACCGCUGCUUAUAGGAGGCUACGGUAUGAUGGCUGCCUGUGGAACAUUGUUCACCAUCUCACUGACUCUCCAAGACAAGACUAGUUGGAUGCCUUACGUGAGUGUGAUUUGCAUCUUUGCAUCCAUCUUAAGCUUUGGAAUUGGACCAGCUGGAGUGAGUGGGAUCAUUCCAAUGGAGAUCUUUGACCAAACUGCAAGACCUGCAGCUUACAUGAUCAACGGCUGCCUUUUCUGGAUAAAUUUCAUUAUAGUUGGGUUAACGUUCCCAUUCCUCAUUGAAGGACUGGGCAGUUUCUGUUACGUGCUGUUCCUAUCUCUUUGUUGCCUCUUCGCUUUAUUCAUUGGACUCUUCCUUCCAGAGACAAAGGGAAAGACCUUUCUCGAGAUUUCCGAGGAGUUUCACAAGCAAAAUUUCAAAGUGCCAAGCAGAACAAGUGAAGAUAUAUCAAUGGAAAGAUCUCAGCCAGUUGCAACAUAAGUAAGGAUCACGGCCUCAAAAAUAAGGGUUGGACCAUUCAGGACUGAUGAGAUAAGGAAUUUCUUCACACAGAGAGGGUUAAUCUUUGGAAUUCUCUAUCAAAGAAGUUCUGCGGGGAUUAAUUUGCUGUACAUGCUCAUGUCAGAUAUUGAUUGAUUUUUGAUUAUUCAAAAAAUGUUGGCAGGACUUGAGGGCCUGAGCUGAACGGAGGACUUUAUUCCUUGGAGUGUAGGAUGGCGAGGGAUGAUCUUAUAGAGGUGUAUAAGUUCAUGAGGGUAUAAGAUCAUACGUGAGGUGGUCGACUUGGACAAAUUGGGCCAAAGGGCCUUCUCCGUGCUGUAUAACGCAAUGUUUAUUUUAGUUUAGUUUAGAGAUACAGCGCGGAAUCAGGCCCUUCGGCCCACCGAGUCCACGCCGACCAGCAAUCACCCCAUACACUAACACUAUCCUGCACACGAGGAACAAUUUACAAUUUUCACCAAAGCCAAUCAACCUACAAACCUGUGUGUCUUUGGUGUGUGGGAGGAACCUGCACCCGGAGAAAAUGCACGCUGUCACGGGGAGAACGAGCAAACUCUAUGCAGACAGCACCAGUAGUCAGGAUUGAACCUGGGUCUCUGGCGCUGUAAGGCAGCAACUCUACCGCUGUGUCAGUCUGCUGCCCUAAUGACUCUACAAGUGUAGGGGCACAGGGUUAGUACAAAAAAAUGAGGCUGAGCUGAAAGAUCAAAUGUUGUCUUAUUGAAUGCUGGAGCUAGUUUGAGGGGGAAAUGGCCACUGUAGCGGGGACUCGCAGGAGUCCAGCCAAAAACUAAGCGGACACAAGUUGUGUGCACGAGAUGUGUUUAUUCUGUCCGAUACAGCUCCCUACUCCUCGAAGGUCACGGAUGUUGCCCGGCCUUAAAUACCAACUCGGGUACCAACCCCACGACCAGCGCCUCUCACACCCAGACGCUGCCUCUCCAGAGCCGAGGGUUCAUUGUGCCCAUGGCUUGCCACCAGGUGCCACCACACUACUUCUGUUUCUGACAUUCAUUUAAUAAACUGAUGCAUAAUAUAUUUUUUGAUUAAGCGUUCCCGAUGUUGAGGGAGUCCAGAACCAGGGGCCGCAGUUUAAGAAUAACGGGUAGGCCAUUUAGAACUGAGAUGAGGAAAAACUUUUUCACCCAGAGAGUUGUGAAUUUGUGGAAUUCUCUGCCUCAGCAGGCAGUGGAGGCCGAUUCACUGGAUGCAUUCAAAAGAGAGUUUGAUGGAGCUCUUAAAGAUAGCGGAGUCAAGGGAUAUGGGGAGAAGGCAGGAACGGGGUACUGAUUGUGGGAUGAUCAGCCAUGAUCACAUUGAAUGGCGAUGCUGGCUCUAAGGGCCGAAUGGUCAACUCCUGCACCCAUAUCUCUAAAGAGCUGGAGUAACUCGGCGGGACAGGCAGCAUCUCUGGAGGGAAGGAAUGGGUGACAUUUCAGGUCGAGACCCUUCUUCAGACUGACAAAGUCUGGAGUAAGAAAAGAGUGAGAGAGGCAGCAGGUGUUGAUAACGCUGGUCGUGGGACAGAUUGUGCUCAAUGCAACUCGUGGCCGGGACAUGAUCCCAUCCUCUUACUAACCUGGUGCAGACCUGUGUGUCCAAUCGCACAGGGUUGAGUGAGCACUGAAUCAGAUGGUGAGGCCACACUGCCAUCUACAUCCUAACCCUGGAACUUUCAUAGUCAAGACAAUCAAAAUCAAAGAUACUAGAGGAGCCUCUAGGAUCUUUGGUCAAAAUGUCUCCUGUCAAAAGUAUCAUUUAUGUUUCUGAAUAUCUCUGGUGUACAAAAAUAUUAAAUUGGUUCAAAUAAUUAAAUUCACCUCUCAGGAACAGCUUCUCUCAGGAACAGCUUCUUCCCCUCUAUUAUCAGGCUCCUGAAUGGUCUUUCCACAAGCCAGGGUACUGUCCGAUUAACUCCACCCCAUUGCGGAUAUUGGACUUUGUCUGUGGAACUGCUGCGCUACAAUGCUGGGAACUAUAUCCCGCACUCGGUAUCUUCCCAUUUGCUCUUCCUAUUGUACUUGAGUUUCACGUGAUUGUAUUUAUGAAUAUUAUUAUCUGAUACGAUUGGAUAGCAUGCAAGACAAUGCUUUUUGCUGUACCUCAUUCAGCACGUGUGACUAUAAUAAAUGUAAACGUUACAGUAAAGUUAAAUAAGUCCAGGAAAAUAGGUAAUUGAACUCGCCUUUGAUUUCCAAGGCAACAGUCAUAAGUAGAGAAUGAUUUGUACCAGUAAGAGUUUGGGUGAUUGAAACAAGCGAUGACCAGGUUCAUACUAAACAUUAUUUACCUGAGGGUGAUCCCAUCAAAUAUUCCUGCAGACUUUAUGAACUGUGGACGCAGCCCAGACCAUCACGCAAACCAAUCUCCCUGCCAUUGACUCCAUCUGCACCUCACGCUGCCUUAGCAAGGCCAGCAGCAUAAUCAAGGACGAGUCACCUUUCUCUUUCCUCUCCCAGCAGGCAAGAGGUACAGAAGUGUGAAAACGCACACCUCCGGAUUCAGGGACAGUUUCUUCUCAGCUGUCAUCAGGCAACUGAACCAUCCUAUCACCAACUCGAGAACGGUUCUCAUCUACCUCAUUGGAGACCCUCGGACGAUC